CCCCGCGUCCUGACAGGCGGGGGCCAGACCCCGGCCCGCCUCGGCGCGGUCCAGUGGGGCCUGGGGUGGCGUGCGGCGCGUCGGGCCUCAAGACCACUUUUCCCUGGCUCCGGUGCCCGCCCUGGACCCCACGAGGCCCGGGCCUGGCCGAUGACACUCGUGGGCGGCCGCCUCCUCACGCCUGUGGCGGUGGCGUCGGGCCACAGUUAACCCGGUGGGAGGCGGGAGCUGCUCCUUCCUGGCCGCUCCUAACCCUCGGGAAUGCAGAGAGAUUUUGGGGUCCGCUGAGUCACUGCCCUGGGGGAGCUGGAGAGGGUUGGCACCUCGGGGCCGAGGAGAAUGUCCGAAUGGGUAGGGGCCGGUUGGCCCUGGGGGGCUUGUGGGCUGAAGACUAGGACGGACGUGUCUUCCCCUGGGUCAGCUACACACUCACCUCGGACAGCUGUCGCAGCUCUUCUCAGCUGAGCCUUUGGUUGACAAACGAAUGCUCAGAAUCCAGAGACAUUUAAGCCCCAGCUUUGAAGACAGCCCCUGUGCUCUGAGAGAUGUGAGGUAGAGGCAAUGCCUAGUUGAUAUUUUAGAGAGCAAAGAGAGUUCUUUCACUUUUUAAAUGAUCUGCCUGCACCCUCCAUUCCUGGUCUUUAAAAUUCCUGAGGCUCUUAUGAGACCAUCAGUUCCUCUUAGCGAUCCCACAGAGCUCCCAGAGUUUUCUCAGUUUAGGGGGCGGGGCAGACCAAGAAAUACUUUCUUAAAAAUAAGGGGUCCAACUGUGCAUUCUGUGAUUUUUCUGUCUGUAACUUUGCACAAUAUGUCUGUAAUUCAUAUUAUUAUAUUUGUUGUGUAUUUCAUAUAAAAUAGUUUGAUUUUUUUAUUUCUGUGUGUCUGCCACUAGAAAUGCAAGUACCCGUUUUGCUCUUUAUCUUUUGCUCUGCAUCACUGUAUUUCUAGUGCUAGCUAGCACUGCCCAGAAUGUAGUAGGCACUCAACUCAGGUGUGUCUUCUGUGUCCAUACUUCUGAGGAAUGAGAAACUCCACAGAAGUAAUUGUCUGCAGAAAACUAAGGCAUAGUCCUUUAACCAAGUUGCUGUCAUUUCUCGAUCUCUUCCAAUGUCCAUCAUGGCAGCUUUAGUGACAUACUAGUCCAGAGGUUUCUAGAGCGGUAGGCAGUUUUAGGGAUCUCAGAGAAGCCACCUCCCCAACCCACAUAACACACCCGUUAAAGUAGUCCCACGUACUUGUGUUAACUUUGUGUAUUUGGUUUCUACAGAAGGUUUUUUUUUUUUUUAACAAAAGGUUCUGAAAACAAACCACCGCCACCACCACCAAAAAUCAAACUCACAUAAACCAAGGACCCUCUGCCAUCUGCAUAGAUGAUGUUUCCAGAGGCAGAGAAUCAGUAGGUCCCUGAGACUAAGCCAGCUACCCAGCCCAUGAGUUUAAAGCAGGGUUUCCCAGUCUUGGCACUGUUGGCAUUUGUGCCUGGAUAAUGUAUUGCGGAGCUGUCAUUCGCACUGUGGGGUGUUCAGCACUAUCCUUAUCCUCUAACCACUAGAUGCCAGUAGCAUCCCCACAGCUGUGAUAACCACAGUGUCCCCAGACAAUGCCUAAUGUUUCCUCAUGACAAAAUCACCUCUGGUUGAAAACCACUGGUUUAGUGGGAAAUAAAUUCACAUAGGCCAUGAAUAAGAUAGUAUCUUUCAACAUUGGAACCAUUUCGAAGUUUUUCUUGACUUAAAAAAAAAGUAGAGCUGAUGAAAUUAGCCUCUGGUGGUUGGGGUCAGCAUUGUGCAUUUUCCUUGUCCUGGUCUGUAAAUAAGUGAUUUAGUAUGUGGGGGAUGUUUGCACCAAAAUACAGUGCUUGGAGUUUUGGGGCUCUAAUUUUAAAGUUUUCCCACCUGCUUUCUUGCUUGUUGGCUGUUACUUGUGGCCGCUGUAGCAAAGAAAUGACAGCUGUCUCUUGCUGUCAGUUGUUGGCACCUUCUAACUUACAGCCUCAUAAGGAAAGCUGAUAAUGAAGUUUGUGAAGAUUUAUGAGUGGAAUAAAUAAUUUUGGAAAGAGGACCAAGGGGCUUUACUAAGAAAUGCUUUCUUCACCUGUCGAAAAAAUGCCUUCCUGGCGAAGAGCUCAUCCCCCCAGGGAGAGGGCAAGUUUGCUAUGGCCCCUCGGGACCCUAGCCAGGAGGAGUGUGAGGGCCUGCUGCAGCAGUGGCGAGAAGAAGGGUCAAACCAGGUGCUCUCAGCUGUGAGUGAGAGUCCCCUUGUAGAUAAGGGAUUAGCCCAGAGCAGCCUGGCACUCCUGAUGGAUAAUCCUGGAGAACAGGAUGCUGCUUCAGAGGACAAAUGGUCCAGCAGGCAGCUGAGUGAUCUGCGGGCAGCAGAGAAGCUGGAGGAGCCUUUUCCUGAGGUGAUAGGAGAGGAGCCACUACCAGAGGCCAAGGGCCCAAUGUGGGCAGCUGUGCCGAUGCAGACUGUCCCCCAGUAUGCAGACUGUGCUGUCCUCCCAGUGGGUGCCCUGGCUGCACAGCAAUGGGAAGAGGACCCUGCAGUGUUGGCCUGGAGCAUAGCACCUGAGCCUAUGGCCCAGGAAGAGGCUCCUGUCUGGCCCUUUGAGAGCCUGGGGCAGUUACAGCCUCCUCCAAUGGAAAUUCCAUAUCAUGAAAUCUUGCGGCGGGAAUGGGAGGAUUUCUCUGCUCAGCCAGGUGCUCAGGGCCUGGAGGCAGGGGAUGGCCCUCAGUUCCAAUUCACUCUAAUGUCCUAUAACAUCCUGGCCCAGGACCUGAUGCAGCAGAGCUCGGAGCUCUAUCUGCAUUGCCACCCAGACAUCCUCAAUUGGAACUAUCGCUUUGCGAAUCUCUUGCAGGAAUUCCAACACUGGGACCCCGAUAUCCUAUGUCUCCAGGAAGUCCAAGAAGAUCAUUACUGGGAGCAGCUGGAGCCCUCCCUGCGAAUGAUGGGCUUCACCUGUUUCUACAAGAGGAGGACCAGGUGUAAGACAGAUGGCUGUGCUGUCUGCUAUAAGCCCACAAGAUUCCGUCUGCGCUGUGCCAGCCCUGUGGAGUACUUCCGACCUGGCUUGGAGCUCCUCAAUCGGGACAAUGUAGGCUUAGUGUUGCUGCUACAGCCACUAGUUCCAGAAGGCCUGGAUCAAGUCUCUGUGCCCCCCUUAUGUGUGGCAAAUACCCACGUCUUGUACAACCCUCGCCGGGGUGAUAUCAAGCUGGCUCAGAUGGCCAUUCUCUUGGCUGAAGUGGACAAGGUGGCCAGAUUGUCAGAUGGCAGCCACUGUCCCAUCAUUUUGUGUGGAGACCUGAAUUCUGUCCCAGAUUCACCUCUCUACAACUUCAUCAGAGACAGAAAGCUCCAGUACCAUGGGAUGCCAGCCUGGAAGGUAUCUGGACAGGAAGAUUUCUCCCAUCAGCUUUACCAGCGGAAGCUGCAGGUCCCACUAUGGCCCAGCUCCCUGGGCAUCACUGAUUGCUGUCAGUAUGUCACCUCCUGUCACCCUAAGAGAUCAGAGAGAUGUAACUAUAGCCGAGACUUCCUGUUACGUUUCCGGUUCUGUGACAUUGCCUGUCAGCGGCCGGUAGGACUGGUUCUUAUGGAAGGAGUAACAGAUACUAAGCCAGAGUGGCCUGCAGGCUGGGCCAAGCCUGCCCUUGGGGAAGACACAUCUGAGCCUGAGCCUGAGCCUGAGCCUGAGCCUGUCUUCCCCAGGACUGAAGGCACCAUUCAGCACUGCCUUCACCUGACCUCAGUGUAUACUCAUUUCCUGCCCCAGCAUGGACGCCCAGAGGUCACCACAAUGCCCCUGGGUCUUGGAAUGACAGUAGAUUACAUCUUUUUCUCAGCUGAAUCCUGUGACCAUGAGAACAGAACUGAUCGCAGGCUGUACAAAGAUGGGACUCUCAAGCUCCUGGGCCGUCUCUCCCUCCUCUCUGAAGAGAUUCUAUGGGCUGCCAAUGGCUUACCCAACCCCCUCUGCUCUUCAGACCACCUCUGUCUACUGGCCAGCUUUGGGAUGGAGAUCACGCCCCUAUGAUGGGGCUCUCAGGGGAAGAGUGCUUCUCUUGCAGAAGAGUUCACUGGAUCAGAGAUGGUGGAAAUACCCAUACUUCUGGAAACCUACAUCCAAGAAACACGUCUCCCCGUCCCCCAUCCUCAUUCCCUUUUUCCCAUGAUUAGAUGUUCUCCAGGCCUAUCCAUGUUCUCUGCCUGUGGUCCCUGCCCCACCCCAUCCUGUUCCUAAUCCUGCACCACAUACUUGGUGGCCCUGGGAGAGGCAGCAGGGGGUUCUCCCUUCCAUGUAUCCAGCACCCUUGAGUUCUAACUACAGGGUUGUAGGACCUAUUAAUCUCAUUGGUUAUUUGCUUUCAGGCCAUUUCUUGGUGGUACCUUCUGGCCCGACUUCCCUGCUUUUACAAUCUUUGGGUCCAGCCCUCUUGCCAGGCACACAUAUGUGAAAUGUAUGUAGCAUGUAUGUGUCCUCCAGGAGUGGGACUGCUCUGCGUGUACACCCAUUCCUUCCUCUGACCAGCUAACUUUACACACUGGGGCUGUUAGCUUAGAGGCAGGUGUGGAGCAUGAUCUGGUAGCUGUAUGCUGCCAGGCACCAGCAGGGGCAUAGGCCCUUCUCUCCUUUCACCUUCCAUAUUUCAUUAGGUGUUCAUCAUGCCAUACUCAUCAUCUGGGCUCUGGGAACAAAUGGGCCCUAAGACUGGAACAGCAGAUUCAGGGAUGCACUACCUGCCCAGCAGCCUCCACACCUUUUCCCAAGCUCCCCACAGGCCUGGGAUGCUUUCUCUAGGGUUCUUCCCUUUCCCUAGGGUGCCCUGAGGAGACACAAGUUUGAAUGCAUAAAUAAUACACACAAUCCCUGUUGGGGGGUGGGGGUCAGUGGGCUGGGAUAGUGGUUUGAGGUUUAAAACUCUUUUAGGAUGAGGAGAAAGAACCUUCAGGAGACUCUCCUCUCACUGGACUCCAUAGCCUGCAGAACUGGGGCAAGGGUGGGAAUCCCGGUAGGGGCAAGAGCAUUGGGGCUGUGCAGCUGCCUCAGCUGGGACUCAGAAGACCUCAGGGACCUGUUCUUUUCCUCUACACACCUAAGAAGCAGUUUUCUGUGCCUUCCUCCCACCACUUGUUACUUUUGCUGCCUCCCCAGUUCCCUUCUAUUUUCUCCCUAGAAAAGCCUGGUAUUUAGUUUAGGCCAAACCUCAGCAGAAGGGUAGCCUUAGGCAAAAUUCAUCCAAGAACUUGAAGCAGCAGUGCUGGCGGAUUCACUCUGGCCAGCAGGGCCUUGGCUGCUCACUGGCCUCCCCGCAGGGCACGGGUAUGCUGGCCCAUUCAGGGAGCUUCCUUGCCCACAUGUAUCACCUACAUGCCUUAAUUUUUCAUUGCUGGGGUGCUCCUGGGUUAGCUCCCCCUCACAUCUCCCUUAACUCAGAGGAGCAGCUGGCCCUUGGCAGAUUUGCCUUGCUCUUGUCCCACUUGGCCUCCUGAAUGGGACUGAAGGGAAUAACCAAGCAGCUGGGUUAGGGACUGUUAGCUAGAGGCUAAUGUUCACUCUCUCUCUCUCUCUCUCUUUUUUUUUUUUAAAGCCAAAGACCCAGCUUAAAGUCUGCUGCUGCAUUCAUGUUUAUACUAUUUUUCCAUGCCUAGGUUCUGGAGAAUUUAUCUAUGCAUGUGUAUUUUUAAACACUGGGUACUGGGCAUAUGCCUGUCUGAGCCCCAGGCCUGACUGUCCACACCCCACCACUCACUGUCUUACUCCCUGGGUGAGACCUCCUAAGAUGGUCUCAAGAUGGUGCCCUAUUGGUUCUUAGGACUAUGACCCAUCACUGUUCUCUUCUGCCAGGAAAUGCAGUUUAAAAACAGCUAAAGAAGGCAGAGGGCAGGAGCUUGAUAGGAUGAUCUUUUCCUUGUUUUCUUGUUUCUGUUUUGGAAAUGAAAUGGGGAUUUUAAAUGAUCAUUUAACUCUCUUUUCCAAAUAAAGGUUCAUCUUUUCCCCCCGC